GCUUACGCCUGAGACACUACUUGGAACGCCUCCACUACCAACACCGCACGCGACACGUAGCGGCUCGCUCGUUCCGAAGCACAAGCAACGCUAACUAUUUCUGCAGAAGCAUACCCGAUCUGCGAUGAUGUGAGCAAGGGCCUUGUCAGAGUUUGAUGGCAAUCUCAGAUGGGGAAUUACAUCAAAUCGACGUCACCGGUGGGGCAACCGCUCCCCACUGCUAUAAUAAAACCACGACGCGCCUGAACACUCUUUUCUUUUCAGUAUCACAACCACAAAUUCUAUAACAUCUUCACGACUAAACUCGCAUUCUCGACGACUUUAUCUUUCUUACCAUACCAACAACCACAAACACAUUCAAAAUGGUUUCUUCUCAGCAAGGCUACGCUCCCACCACCACCGACAUGAAGGGUAACACCCAGGCUGUCAACAAGGCUCAGUCCAACCUCCCUCUCCCCGAGCAGCCCCCUGUCGCCUCCGACUUCAACUCCGCCGAUGCUAGCACCGUAAACGUUGGCUCCGGUGGCCAAGAAGCCUCUUUCUCCUCCGGCGGUGGUGCCAUCCGCGACCCUGCUGUCGGCGCUGGCGGUGUUUCCGGACGUGAGGCCAAGGACGGACUUGGUGGCAUCCCCAACGACGCUGUCUCGCGCGAGGCAAAGGAUAAGGCUGGUCUUGCCGAUACCACUGGCAAGGACUACGGAUACCCACAGAAGAACGACCCCAGCGCGGGCGUCAAGCAGUAGAGUACUGUUAAAGGAGGAGUAAUGAGAUACCCGAAGCAUCAUGGGAUUGUAUGAUUAUGGCUACUAUCACUGCGCUUAGUGGCGGACUGCAAGAGCAGUCUUACGAUGACCAAUGAAUGAAAUGAAUGAACAAACAACCAUGUCAUCUCUUUGUCGAAUUGUGAUGUCGUGAUGAAGACGACAAUGUAUGGAUGGACCUAAACGUACUAUUCCAAACUUCGUGUCAACGCCUCACGCAAUUCGGAUUAGAUUGCGCAUGCGACAG